UUUUUAUCAUAUAUUUUCAAACCAUCUUUUGAAAAUGCAAUCUCUCUUUGUCAAGUGUUAAAAAUGUUAACAAAGACCUGCUACCAUUAAGUGUAAUCAAUGUAGAUAUGGUCAAACUUACAGAUUAUGCUAUUCAUGCGAUUCUUAAAUUCAUAAUCGAACAGGCCCUGUAGAUCAGCAACAUAAAACUGAAAUCAUCCCAUAUCAAGGUAUUGAUUAGCAUUAACUCGACUCUAGAAAUGUACUAGAAAAAUUAGAGUAGUGUUCCUGUUCCCUAAAAAAAUGAUUAAAGAAAUUCAUUCAAAAAAAAUGAUUACAAACCUUAACCUCAAGUUCCAACCAAGGACUUUCUAAACAAUGAGUACAAGAAGCCUGAUUAUUCCAAAACCAUCGAUAUUAACAGGGUCAGCAACAAACAUGAUUAUUUGGAUAAGAAAAUCGAUAGUCAUGAGAAAAGGGCUGAUCAACAGUAUCUCUCCAAUGACAAAAGACCUUACUCUUCCAAUUAGAAAAUCACAUCCGAUAAUGACCGAAAUAGUCAGCAAUUAAUUAGUUAGUUAAAAGAGGAAUAAUAACAAACAGAAAAACUUAAGGCUGAAUUGUCAUAGGCUAAUUAGAAAGAAAGGGAAGCAUAACGAAGAUUGUAAUUAAUCAUUGUAUUCUUAGAUAAAAAUUAGAAUAGGAAUUUGAACAAAAAAUUAGAGAGGAUAAAUAAAGAAUUCAAUAAUUAACAGAAGAAAAUAGAAAUUUGAAUAAUAAAUUAAAUUAAACCAACAAGCACAUUUAAGAGGAAGUAAAUAAAGUCAGAAAUCAAUAUGAAGAAUAAAUUAAUGAAUUAGAACAGAUUCUUAAUGAAAAGAAUUAGCAAUUAGAAAGCAUCGCUCAAGAAUAUAAUUUGGUAACAAUUUGUUUAAAUUUAUUAGGAAGAAUUAUAACAAACUCUUAAUGAAUUACAAUAAGAGUCCCAAAUGAAAGAUUAAAUUAUUGAGUAAUUACAAUAAAACUUACAUGACAAUUAAGAGGAACUCCAAUAAAUGAGAGAAGAGUUGAUGAAUAAUUCUAAGAAGAAUUUGUAAUCCUCAAAUAAAAAAUCGGUGAAGAGUAAUGAUAACCAAAAAGAUGAGUAUAUCUAGGAAUUAGCUUAAUAAUUAGAAGCUAAAGAUGAGGAGAUUCACAAAUUAGAGGGUAUAUUGUAAUAAUUAUUCAGAUUUAAUCGAAAAUUUCAAGUAAUUAUACUAGCACAUGAGUGAUGAAAAAUAACAGUUAUAAGAAGAAGUAGAAAAGUUGGCAAAUGAAAAUAAUUAAUUUAGAGAUAUAUUCAGUGUAUGAAAUAAUGUUUAUUGACAAAUAGCAAAAUUUACAUCUUUUUGGAAUUGACCCAGAAUAAUUAAAUGAAGAAGGAGAGGAAGAAGAAAACGACUAUCCAGAAGAGAUUGCUGAAGAAAAUGAUGAUCAAAACGAUUGA